AUGCCUUCAAAAGUGUCAUGUUUAUACCUGUUGACAGUGGUCUGCUGGGCAAGUGCUCUGUGGUACUUGAGUAUAUCUCGCCCAACAGCCACCUAUGUCGGCCACAUGUCUGUGCCUAUUCGUAAGGCUGCAAAACCCCCAAAAAACAUCACCUUCACCAACAUCCACACCCGCCCCCUUAACCCACAUGCCUUUGAAUUUGUCAUCAAUGAGCCGAAGAAGUGUGAAAGUGCCGCUCCCUUCCUGGUCAUCCUCAUCAGCACCACACACAAGGAGUUUGAUGCGCGGCAGGCCAUCCGGGAGACCUGGGGGGAUGAGAGCACCUUCGGAGACAUCCACAUCCUCACCAUCUUUCUGCUGGGCAAGAACACAGACCCCAUCCUGAACCAGAUGGUGGAGCAGGAGAGCCAGAUCUUCCAUGAUAUUGUGGUGGAGAACUUUAUUGAUUCCUACCACAACCUCACCCUCAAGACCAUGAUGGGCAUGCGCUGGGUGUCUACCUACUGCCCCAAAGCGCAGUAUGUCAUGAAGACCGACAGCGACAUCUUUGUCAACAUGGACAAUCUGAUCUACAAGCUCCUGAAGCCCACCACCAAGCCGAGGAGGAGAUAUUUUACCGGCUAUGUUAUAAACGGUGGUCCCAUAAGGGAUAUGCGCAGUAAGUGGUAUAUGUCCAGGGACUUGUACCCCGACAGUAAGUACCCAGCUUUCUGCUCAGGCACUGGCUAUGUGUUCUCAACAGACGUUGCUGAGCUUAUCUUCAAGGCUUCAUUACACACAAGACUAUUGCACCUGGAGGAUGUGUAUGUGGGACUGUGUUUGCGUAAGCUGGGUAUACACCCGUAUCAGAACAGUGGUUUUAAUCACUGGAAAAUGGCCUACAGUCUUUGCAGGUACAGGCGGGUUAUCACCGUGCACCAGAUCUCCCCGGAGGAGAUGCACCGCAUUUGGAACGACAUGUCCAGCAAGAAGCACCUGAGAUGUUAA